ACUAGAUCUUUGCUGUGUUUUUAGCGCUCAAAAUGUCCCUGUUGUGAUCUUGCUUCGAGCUACAACCCCUUCGUGCGGUUUUCCCAUACUUGUACUCAUACUCCGACGCGACAAGCAAGUCGGAAAGCAUCUCGCCGUUGUUAAGCACUAACGCGACGGUUUGCUGCAUGAAUUUGUUUUGCUUUUCGCCAUCAUACUUAUUAAUUUUAAUGAGCCGUUGCUAGUCCGACUGGUCCGAAGCAACAGAAGAGGAGCUUGAAACAAAAUCUUUAAACAUUCCAUCCACCAUGCGUCUCCAUCUUAUCAUCCAGCGCCACGGCCUCCCCGUCACGCGCAUUCUUUGGACAACGUCACCGCCGUCUCUUUUCGGCCACAAUGCGCCCAGUGCUUCGUCCAUGCUUCCUGCCGCAUCUUCUGCGCUGGCUUCGACGCGUGCACCUAAUGCGCUGUUUUCCAAUGGCGGGUACACGAUCGCGCAGCUCCUGGAAGAUGUGAAUGAGGUUAUCCCGCUUGAGACGGAACCAGCUUUGUUUGAUACGGAGUGCAGUGGACAGUGGGGUCUCGAGGAUUAUGUCGUCGAAGUUGGGGGAUCGGAGUGUUUGCAUUUUAUGGAAGUGGAAGGCUUGUUGCGGGACGGUGAUGAAAUCCUGAUACGCGCCCUCCAAAUCUCAGACCUUCGAGCCAGACGGCUUUCUGGUCGCCAUCAAAUAUCGUCCGACGGCAAACACCUCAUUGAUGGAGUCCCUUUUGGGAAGCCAUUCCUGAAAAGACCUACGUCGUCAAGGCCGGCGAUUACGAUCCCUCCGAGAAAGAAACGACGCACUAGCGCUGCGGGCUGGGACUAUGGAUCACGCUACGAGGAGGAAGAUACCGAAUGGGCGCCGAAUAAUCAAGUGGGCUUUGCAAGAGAGCUUCCUGUGAUCAGGUCGAAUGAGCAGCCGCAGGAGAAGAGGGGUGAUGAAUACACGGACGCAUAUCAGGACGAUUAUGAAGAUUACCACGAGCCUGAAGACGAUGGUAAUGGGACAGUCAUCCGACAUGCUAUUGACGAGACACAUGAUCAAGCUUCGGAAAGUGACUCAGAUGAAUUAAACAUCAACCCCGAAGACUUGGCAGAAGAGCUGAAGGGACUGGAGGAAGAUCUGGAGAUAUCCCCUAUGCCUAUGGCGGAAGACAUUGAUGUUGAGCAAGCGGGCUAUCCGCUGCGCUCCAGACCCAGUAUCCAUCAAUCGGCCCCAAGAAAGAGCUCUCUUGCCCAUCCAUCUAGUCAAGAGUCUUCUAUACCCGACGGUACUCGCAGGGAUUCAAAGGCAGUGACAUUUGAAGAUCAGAAAGAAAAUCCGUCUGUUGUGGAAUCAAAUACUACCGUUGCCAGCAAAGUCAUCUCAAUCCCAGAGGAUGCUACGGGAUCGGCUUCAGAUACGAGCGAUAGCUCAUCCGCAAGCGAUACGAGCGAGACCAGCGACUCUAGCGACUCAGAGGAUUCCAGCAAUGCAAGUGAUUCAUCUUCCGAUGAUGACUCCGGAUCGGAGGCUUCUACAUCUGAUUCAGAAGAAGAUUCAAGCUCUGACUCUGAUGAUGACAUGUCCACGUCCGAAUCGGAGGACGAGCUUUCGGACUCUGAUGUAGAUGUGCAGUUGCGCACGAAGACCAAUCCUCCGGGAGCGGGCUCUCUGAGAACCAAGAAAAGCAAUGAGCGUAACAAGAUGCGACGCAGGUUAGCAAAACUGAAGGAGCUUGGUGCCCUGCCCGCACAGGCCGAUUUUGCUGCUCUUCGUGACUGGGAAGAGGCCAAUGGACGUUCAUACUACAUUCCUGAAGAUAAACACGAUUCCAAGGAACAAGAACGUGCGGAGUUUGAAGCAAAGCGACAGAAGCUACUCCGUGAUCUUGCAUCAGGGGGAGUCGAUGUCACUGAGGUGAAGCAAAAGGAAAUUGCUUCUCCACAGAGCGUCAAGGCUAUCGACCAAAAACAGUCUGCAACCGAUAUUGCCAAUGGUGAAGACGAAGCCGAGCCACUUUCCAAGCGGCGUACUCUUGAUGUUGCCAGCUCCAGGAGAAUGCUCUUUGGCUCACUGGGUGUGAGAACCCCACGGACCAAAGAAGACGAGGAAGCUACUCGGAGAAAGCUUGCAGGCAAGGUCAACAACCAGGUUCAACCUUCAAAGUCCCUGAAAGAAGACACGGUUAAAGCGCCUGAAAGCGAUUCGGAAGAGAACUGGCAAGACAAGUUGAUCCUCCGGGCUACCGAGUGUAUCUAUGACGAUAUUGAGCUGACCGCUCCGCCAUUUCCCUUCGAGCAGCGCUGGGACGCUGAAGCUGGUGAUAUCAUCAGGCAGCGCAAAGGUUGGGGCAAGAAGAGAAGACGGCGGCAGCAACUUCAAGUUUACGAUGGGGACGAAGGAUAUGAAAAUGGCGAUUACGGCUAUUCCGUGGGCGACUAUUCCGUCGGCGAUCUACAACUAAACUACGAUGAUGCCGAGCAACCGAAUGGAGACAUGGAAGGGGUGGAGCAUGCUGCAGAGCAGCCCGUAGAGGAGCAAUUUGAGGAACCGGCAGACGACCUCCCUGCUCUGCCCAACGACCCAGCCUCUCUACAGGACAUGGGUGUGGAUAGCUUGAAGAAGGGCUCGAUCAUUGCUUUCCGACAGCUGGAAAUUUCCAAGGCUACGGGCUGGCAGCCCACGGUUUCGGGAUACCGAGCCGCCAAGAUCCACGAGGUCUUUGAACACGAUAUCAUCAAAAUCCGGUUAGCCAAGCGUGACCGACGAGAGGCACGGGAUGACCAGGACUGGGAUGAGGAGAAUGAUAGGCCGCAAUACAGUGGAUUUGAAAUGCCCGGGAUGGACGAAGAGGAGGACGACGGCUUCCGAGAGUUGUCAUUUGCCGACCUGAUUGAACCCAAGCUUCUCCGAUCUGCUGACGCUGCAGGUCUUGGGAAUGCUGGGAAAUCCAGCAUCUCCCGUGCAACAGAGGAGCCCAGUCCAAUCGAAUCCGAAGACACACGCGGGUACGAGGACCGCCAGCCCCCAGUGCGAAACGUGGAAAGGGAAGGGACUAUCUCCGAUGAGAAGUUAUUGAACCAAAAGCCUAUUGACCACACGGAGGGUUCGGCCGUGCACUCUAGCCCCAUCAAGUCACCGCAUUUUGACGGGUUUCAGUCGCCUCCCGCGAACUUGACAACCGGGUCGAAAAGUAGCCAUGAAGACCAGGUGUCCAGAUCUACACCUCCGGCAGGACAGGACAGCGAGAAUGGCCGGAACGGUCGACAGCCGGAGGAUGCCCCCGAGAUCAAGGACCCUCCAUCGACCUUGCACUCGAUGCUUCUCCCCGAUGACGCCAAUAACGGUGGUUCUGCAGCCAACGCGUCAGAAGACGAUCUCCAAAUGAUCAGUAGCCCCGUGAGUAUGAUGUCUUUCAACUGCCUGAUGGAAACGUACUUUCCCCCGGCGGUCAAGAGAGAGACAUCCGCCGCGCCUGCUAAGGAAGAGCCUCGGUCGCCUUCCAUCGUUCCCAAUCCCUUCUACGAGAUCGACAAGGCGGAGGAGGAACGACAGCGACGACAGGCGUCUCGCAAGGGGCGGCGCAGUAGCAAUCCGGACGGUGGAAACGGGACGAUGGAGCUCAUGUCCCUAGCGGGAUCGAUGUCUCCCGUACCGAGACCAUCUCCCCGAGUGAAAUUACAAGCGGUGGAGGAACCGUCAUCGAUCAGCGUUGUCCCGGAGAGUGUGCCGCAGCCUUACCAAGACGAUCCGGAGCCGUCACAGCGGUCUGAGGUGGUGGACCUGACACAAUCGAGCCCGCCGGUGUCCCCGGGAGGUAGUGAUGAAGACUAUGCACGCUCACAUCGACUUCCCCGAGGGUCCGGAUGGGUACAGAAGAACAUUCCUCGAACCUUACGGGUGACGCGACAAUCACUGGGCCGACGAAGGAAUGGAAGCAGGUGAGAUGACAGUCAAUGGUUUGGUCGGGAGUUGUACGGAUGGAUAGGUGGAUGGGCGGAUGUACAUGCUGUUUGUAAAUAUGAUGAUCCCCUGCUGUGUAUAAUCCUUCCGGAGGAUCCAUGGGGUAAUGCAUGAU